AUACAAGGAUCACAUAACACCCCUCCCCCCGCUCCACAGUACUCUAAGCAUUUACAUUUACAUUUAUGUUUACAACAUUUGGCAGAUGCUCUUAUCCAGAGCAACUUACUAAAGUACUUCUGUGAGUUUCUAUGAGAAAUUCUGUCAUUCUCACAGACUGUAUCAAGGCCAGUACAGUAGUUCAGAGUUUAAGAUACCAUUGAACUAGAAUGCUGUUGAAAUACAGGGAUCAAUGCUGAUAUAAAACACAUAUAAGCACGUUUAGAUGGCUGCUCAUUUGACUAGCCUGUCAACUACUUUGCAUGCAGGAAGGCUAACUAAAGAUCUAGUUGUGGGACAAGGAAUCUUGCUCUUUUUUUCUCAUCAUGAGGGCCAAUCAGAAAGAAGUCAGUAAACCAGGCCAUCAAGAAGCUGAAAAAUCUAAAUCAAUCUAAUUAUAUAAAGUAUGUUCAUAGUUAAAACAAUAAAUAUGGCAGAAUAAACUGCACUGGUGAGCUUUGACUCUAAAUGAGGCAAGGAUGGGGUAGGAGUUCCCUUCGUAAGGCAGGAUGACCACUCCCCAGCUGCCCCAUAGGCCACAUUGGAGAUUGAUGCUCCGCCUUCCAGUGCCACUUCAGACAGUAACUACCCAGCUCUUCACACUCAGUGAGUUUCCUUUGAUGGGCCUCUUCCUCCAACGAGUCUAACAGGACUGACUGCAUGGUGUUCUCUGAAACAAGGCUAAUCUCUGGCAGAAUUUCAGAUGCUCUUUGAGACUCACCCAUAGUUUCCAGUUACCUUUUUUCCUUAGAUAAAUGGGUUUGACUAAGGCCUGCCUCUUGUUGUAGUUCCUCACUAAUCCAUAGAUAGCUUUGGCACUUGCACAGCGAAUCUUACUCUUCCCAGAUGUGUAGGUUCAAUUAGCAUGGCAUGAUGUCACAGACUCUCCGAAUUAAGAAUCAACUUGCUCGUUUCUUCAUAGGUCUGACCAGGAGACUUUCAUUUGAUUAACUCCGCCCAAAUUAAAAAGGCUCAAUUGCUGCUAUAUGGACAAGGUUUUUCUGACCCCUUUCCUCUUCAGCUGAACUCCUUACCUCCUGCUGGGCCUGCUUUCCUUUCCCUUGCAGGGCCGUCGUUUUAGGCCUCCUAUUCCCAACAUUAAUAGGACAAAUAUAUGUAUCAGUAUAAAACAUAAAUGCACUCGUGCAUGGGACGAGCCUACACCUUUAUUUUCACACCGGAUAUAAAUGAGACGUAUCUUGUUACAUAUGAAUGACAGGAGAGAAUAUGUGCAAAAGACUCCACGGUUUGCCCCAGCAGCUGAAUUCCACUGGUGUGUCUGAUCAGUAUAAGGUGCCACACAAACUGAUGCAAACUUUGCAGUCGCUCAUAAGAGUGUUGAACAGUACUGAGCACAACAGUGUCUUUCUAUGCUGAGUCUUUGAGCCGACAUAGAGUUUGAAGGUGCUCAGCCUUUCUUUGUGCAGGAAAAGCUCUGGUAAAAGGUAAUUGAAGAGUAUUUUCAAUCAUUAAAAAAAACAGAUCAAGAAAGGUCGAACAAAUCAAGAAAUUUAUCAAGGAUACACAAAUGUAUGUGCCACACACUACCAUAAUAAGAAGAACCAGUAUGACCUGAGAAAGUUUACCUGAUAAUGUAAACUACUGGCAGGCCUCAAGAACAGAAAGGCUAGGUUAUAAUUUACUUAAAUGUAGAUAAUAAAAGACCUAUGUAGCUCUUGGACAAAGUCUAAUGGACAGAUGAGAUAAAGAUUAACCUGCGCUAGAGGGCCAGAAUGAGUAAGAGUGGUUGUCUAGACACUAGGUGUUUACUGGCUGUAGCAGUAGAGUGUAUGUGGUAGUGUAUAGAAGCAUCUUAACUCCUUGGAUGUGUCUAAAGUAUUAGGCAAUGCCAGACCUUGCAGAGGGGCACUGACCUGAAUCAUACUGCUGAAACAUGUUCCUUAAAAAGGAAGUUAACUGUCAGUCAGUCCGCUGAUCUUAAUUGCAGUGAGACAUUUGUCUUACUGAAGAUGAAACUAAAAUAAGCAGAAAUUGAAACUGUCCUCAUUACAGAGUUUUCAGAGCAUCCUGUAUGGUGACGACUGGGCACGCAUUUCAGUUGGUCAUCAACUGGAAAAGAGUUUGCAGCCAGGACAUAAACAUUAGAGUUUUGACUCUUGAGUUGUUUUUUCUGUUGUAUUUAAUGUAAAGUUAUUUGUAUUAUAUAUUCUAUUUUAUUUUUACAAAAUGUUUUUAAAAUGUCCGGUGUGUUAAGAGUUCAGAGGAUGAACAUAUCCCAUAACUACAUUGCCUACAUAUUGUACAGUGUCUGGUGAUUUAAAGGAGACAUUGAGUUCCCAUUUCUUAAUUCCGCAGCUGCUCGUGUUCAUGGUUACUUUCAAACCUUUUGGACUCCAAGAAAGGAAAUACUGCAAAUAUAACAGCCACAUUUAUGCAAAAAGCAAUUAAAUUGGUACAGGCACUUGUGACACUGCUGUCUGACCCAUACAACUUGAACUGCCUGGUGGUUUCUCAGCUGGGUGGAGUGGUGCCGGAGUGCUCAGAGAAAGAAGUGCAACAGUCAGAUGCAGAGGGCCCUCUUCUCUCUCUGGAGCACGCAAAACAGGAAGGGGUGAACGAUCAGCCAGCGGAGUGUUCAGCUGACAAAAGCAAAGCGAAAAAGAAAGUAAGGAAACUGAAAGAAAGGUUUUCUAAUUUUUGGGGGAAUCUAAAACCAAAGAAAAGCAAUAAUGGUCAAAUGGAAGGGGAGGAGGAGAUUCCGGGGGAUUUGCCACCACGGAAGUGUGCUAUGCUGGAGGACAUCGCGACUAACAGUGACGGUGCACCUAGGAGUGAGAGCUCCAUCUGUGCCAGCGAGGAGUGUGAUGUGGAGUCUGACGGGAGUACUCCCCCGGAGGAGAUGAUGGAGUUUAAACUGUCCUAUGAGAUGUGGCGGGCAGGGAAGUGGACUGUCAGGGUCACUAAUGUUCAGGUGGAAGAUGAAGAGUUGUGUUUCACAGUUCACCUGAAAGAGUGCGACAGCCCUGAGAAUCUCCACUGGGAUGUGAAAAAGACCCAGGCAGACAUAGUUGAAUUUUAUACUCACUGCAAGGACACUUCUCAUCUGCCCUCCAUAUCGACAAUACUGGACAAUACCCAAACAGUGCUUAAUGAGGACUUCAAAGAUGAAGUAAAGACAACUUUGGAGAAAUUUUUGCAAGAGCUGGUGGCGGAUACGGAGCUUGGUGACACUCAGCUCGUGUUCAAGUUCUUGUGCCCACUUCACCAACUGCUGAACGAAGAAGAGCGUGGUGGAGGCGUGUGGAGUCUCUUGGGCAGUCUCGCGUCCUUCCUUACUGUUGGUCAAGAGGAUGAUGAGCUUAAUAACCUGAAAGCAGAAGAGAAGCCAGAUAAAAACCUGAAAAGGAAUUGUUUGUCUGAGGCCACACCUCACUGUGAUGUCACUCGGCCUGGGUACACAGAGACUGUGGAAAGACACAGCAAGGAACCUGUGAUCACGGACUGUGAUCACAGGUCUUCAUCUGAUGAUACCUACACCUGUGCAAGUGAAAAACAAGCCACAGAUUGUAGCGGUUCCCUCUUGGAGCGGCCAGAAGUGGAUUCCACUGGAAGUGCAGGUGUUUGUGUGCAUUUGGUAAGCUUUCCUGCCAGGACAAAGAGAUCUUCUAUUAAAAUCCAGCCAGCAGCCCUGUGUGACAGUGAUUCCGAUAGCUUAGGGUAUUGCGCAUUGGACAGCAUUACAGACUGCAGCUCCCCUGAAAAUGCAAGCAAAAAGGAAAACCUAACCGACAAAUUAUUACAAAGUGACAAGCCCAAAGGGAAGGACAAAGCACCUCAGGCCAAAGAGGAUAUACUGAACCAGCGCCCAGAGCAGGACAAAAUGUCCAUCGCAUCCACUAUGGAAAACCCUGAUGUCAAUAAAGUGAUAUUUGGCUUACUGAAGGAAAUUUCUGGCAAUUCACACAUCUUUAAAAUCAUGAAGGCUGUUCUACUACCAUUUAUGCCUUUGAUAAAGAAGAAAGUGAACACGUUUUUGAAAAUGAUGACCCCUUCAGAAGCUCAAAUAGCUGUGCACAUCGACAACCUCUGUAAGGUCUUAUGGACAGAGGGGAGUGAGUCCCUGGAACCCCCUAAAAGAAGUGAGGAGGAGAUAGAGACAAAGGGCAAAGCUAUGCAUCUCAUUGUUUCCAAACUUGCAGGCUAUCCAAUCCUCAACAAAGCAGAUUUGGAGAACAUGUUUAAGAUUUUCCAGGAGCCAGAAGAAAACAAGAAGCUGAUUUAUAUGUUGCUUGUAUAUCUGCUAAGGGAGUUCCUGCCUGGAGAAUCAUUCCCAGUGAUGUCCAAGCUGAAUGUGAAGGACUCUGUUUAAUAUUAGUAGACACUUGCAAGUGUUGAAUGUGUAUUAUGUAAGAUUUUAAUUUAUUUGUAAUAAAUUGAAAGGUAUUGAACUGAAUCAAGUACUGUUAAAAGCCAGUUAAGGUAUGCUGGCCAUCUCCUUUAUUAGAAGCACUUAUUUAUUAGAAUAGCCUUGUAUACAUCCAAGUAGAGACUAAAGCAUCUGUUUCCAUACACAGUUUGUAUUACCUGUCAUCCGGGUAGAGGGAGGCUGACAAGCUUUUGCUCAAUAAAAUAUUUUGAGUAUAAA